CUUCUUUCCUAUAAUGACCCAAUUUGAGUCUUGUUAACCUAGUUAUCUUUAUAGGAAAUCCAAGAAAUGGCAACAGCAGUGAUAGUUGAAUUACAGAGAAAUUCACCAAGUUGGGUUAAGGUAGUUGAUGAUAUAGUUAGAAUAGAAAAGAAGAUUUUCCCAAAACACGAAUCUUUGUCUAGAUCUUUUGAUGAAGAACUGAAAAAGAAGAACUGUGGGUUGCUUUACAUCCAAUUGGGUGCAGAUAUUGCUGGUUAUGUCAUGUAUUCUUGGCCUUCUUCACUCUGUGCUUGCAUCACUAAAUUAGCAGUGAAAGAGAAUUACAGGGGUCAAGGCCAUGGAGAAAAAUUGCUGAAGGCAGCGGUUCAGAAAUGCAGAACAAGAAAUAUUCAUCGGAUAUCGCUUCACGUAGAUCCUACAAGAACUCCAGCCAUGCAGCUCUACAAGAAGCUUGGUUUUCAAGUGGAUACUCUUGUGGAAGGCUAUUAUUCUUCAGAUAGAAAUGCCUAUAGAAUGUAUUUGGAUUUUGACAUGGAAUAAUAGCAUAAUGAAAUCAAGAGUGAAUUUGAUCUUUCCAUGA